AUGGUAUUUUUUUGUUUUGUGGUAGGUGACGACCUUGAGAGGUCCUUUGAAGUUACAGGCGACGACAAAAUGACCAAAUCGAAACUCAGAGAAAUAAUCUAUGAGAAGAUUAUAAAAGUAUUAAUGCCAGAAACUUGGAUCUAUGGAAGAAAUCGAGGUGAAAAGUUGUCUCCAUUUAGUGAUUUGGCGACAUCUUUAAGUAUGACUCCAAGAAAAUCCGCAUUAUCGUACAACCGCCACUGUUCGCCUCCACUAGUAAAUCAAGGGCUCACUGACAUAUCUCGUAAGAUUACAGACCUUGGUUAUCUGCCUCGACAAGAUGGUCUUGGUGGUACGUCGCUAAAUAAAUCUGAGCAGAAUGCAUUUACUGUUGAGGGUAUCUCUCUUACUCACCCUGAUACCAACCAAAGAUCUGAUCUUGUGUCUUGUCUGGCCAAAAGACUUGAGGAGAAAAGGGUGAUUCUUGUCCAGGCUCCUCCCUAUUCUGGCAAAACUUUAUUAUCCCAAUUAUUGGAGAAUUACUUAGUAGUUAACUCUUCAAAACUACUCAGAGGAUUAAGGGUUUCAUUAGCCCUGCUAUUGCUAUGGGGUCUUUCUGUGGGAAAGAAUUGCGAAUAUGACACAUUUUGUGAGGUGUGGGAGAAGAUUGUCGGUGUAGAAUGGUGUGAAUGGGUAGGACAAUGUCGAAAAGUUCCAUCUAUUUUAAUAAUAGACGAAGUUCAGAAGAUCUAUAAGGAUAUGAAUGAAGCUGAUGAAAGUAUGAUGAAUACAGGAACUGCAAUUGCAUUUUGGGAUACCAUUAAAAUGUGCCUUCAAUGGUCAAACCUUAGCGUCAUUAGGUUUGCCGCAUAUGGAUAUAGUACCAACUUGUAUUAUCAGUAA